AAUUUACUGUUGCCACGCGGUGUGAUCGCUGAGCGCCAACACGCAAAAUACGUCAUCAAAAUCUAUAGGGCCGAUGGACUGCCAAGAAAUAAAUCAGGAAUAGUGGCCAACGUUAAGAAAGCACUCUCUAGUGAUACCAAACAAUUAGUCUCACCAUAUGUUCAGGUGUCGUUUGCGGGGAUGUCUUGUAAGACAUCUGUUAAGAAGAACUGUUGUACUCCCGUAUGGAACGAACAGAUAGUGAUCACAGAGAUGUUCCCCCCAUUAUGCCAACGCCUCAAAAUACAAAUCCGAGACUCGGAUCCCGUCAGCGAUAACAUAAUCGCCACUCAUUUCAUACCACUCUCUAAGAUAUCAAACGAGGGCUCAAAAGGGUUUUUACCGACAUUUGGUCCGUCUUUCAUAUACCUCUACGGCUCCAUAAGAGACGGCUCUAUAUUUGAAGAUCAGUCCGUUCUGAACGACGGCUUCUCUGAAGGCAUUAUGUAUAGGGGAAGGAUUCUGGUGGCCAUCCAUACAGAGAUACUCGAGUCAGUUGAGGCCAACAUAUCCGGGGUUAAUGUAGAGCCAACACAACCACUAAAUGAGAAUAACUACGGAAAGACCGAAGAGUUUUUGUUAUUUGCCUCAAUAUUUGAGUCCAAUAUGAUUGACAGGAAAUUUGCGGACAAACCCCUCCACUACGAAAUAUCUAUCGGCAACGAUGGCAUACAAGAGGAGGAGUUGGCUCAGGACUCGGCGGCGCCUACUUAUGAUAAUUUUGAUGAUAAAUCACUUUAUUUUGUCAAUAACAACAAUAAUCACUCAAAUGAAAAGCAAAACUUACUGUCAUUUGUUAGCCAACAAUACAAUUAUGACAUGAGAUCCACAACAGCGCCAAUUCGGCCGGUUAUGACGGAUCGCCAAUACUAUCAUUUGCCGAUCGAAGCGGAAAAGCCAUGUCUUUACCUCAAGUCAUCCCUACCUGACCACAGAAGACGAGCCUAUAAUUCUAAUAUCAUUGAGAAGAUUGGACUCAAUUUGGAGAUAGGAUUACUCGAUGUCCAGGAAAUGAUUCGACUCGAGAAACCACAUCCCGAUCGAAGACUUCGUGGGGUUCUCGAAGAACUCAUGACUGACUGCAGCCGAUUUCUGACAAUAAGCAAAGGGUUUGGAGGAAGUGCUAUCGGAAAGACCAAAUUGGACAAAGAAAGGGUUGUUAUGUCUCAACGAGAAAUUGAGACCAUUAUCGCCAACUCCAAGAAUAUCAAUCAAAAUACCAAUGAAAACAACAUAAGAGAUCAAAUAAAAAAUGUCUAUAAAAUUCUGAAUAAUCUUAAAGAAUUGACAAAAGAUCCCCAACACUCAAUGCCUGAUAUAUUCCUGUGGCUCUUAUGCGGUGACAAACGUAUUGCUUAUCAAAGACUGGAAACCAGACAUUACUUGUUCUCUAUAGUUGACGAGGAAUGCGGCAAAUCAUGCGCUAAACUCCAUAAUAUAUUCCUUAAACUAUCGGGAAAAAGAAACGAAGUAUUGAAUGGUUUGAUACAAAAUAUGGUUUAUCUGUACGUCUGGAUCGGCAACAAAAAACAUAAGAAAUAUUUUGCAAAAGGAUUGCCUAAAGGGUACCGAAUGUUAGAUGAGUUAGAAAGCGCCGAAAAGUCUCAUCUUAUGCCUCCCAAUACUAUAUACUACGAAAACGAAAGUAAACAUAGGUUUGAAUUACGGGCCCAUAUAUAUCAGGCUAGAAGUCUAUUUGCAAGCGAUUCGUCCGGUCUGUCCGACCCGUUUGCAAAAGUGAUUUUGUCGGACUCGUGUCAGACGACUGAAGUCAUUGAGGAGACAUUGAGCCCCACUUGGGAUCAGAUGCUUAUAUUUACAGACAUUACUCUCUAUGGCGAACGCAAUGAUCUAUUAAAUAAUCCACCCGUUAUUGUCAUUGAAAUCUACGACAGAGAUAAUGUGGGAAAGGCAGAGUUUAUUGGCAGAGCCGUUGCCAAAGAUAGUUAUAUCAGAUUUUCAGACAUGAAGUACUCGACCCCACAAUUGCAAUGGUUUGAUGUAUGGCGAGGGGACGAGGCGGCCGGGCAGCUAUUGGCCUUAAAUACCGGGUCUGUUAUGUAUGAGUUGGGUAUAUAUCCUGUGCCGGAAUCCAUUCGUCCAACGCUUUCAAAAUACAGAAUAGAAGUGCUCUUCUGGGGUCUGAGAGACUUAAAAAGGGUUCAAUUGAUGUCUGUGGACAGGCCUCGGGUGGACAUCGAGUGUGCCGGCAAUAUAUUGCAAUCGUCUAUUAUACUGAACUAUAAAAAGAAUCCAAAUUUUAUGAUUCCCGUCAAACACAUCGAUCUGGAACUGCCCGACCAAGAGAUGUAUUGCCCGCCCCUUACCAUUCGGGUCAUGGAUUGCAGGAGUUUUGGGCGCUUUGUAUUAGUGGGAACUCAUGUUAUUCCUUCCCUGUCCAGAUUCAAUGUGCACACUACUAAAGAGAUUUUCUCUUAUAAGAGACAGGAUGUCAUUAUUAAUGCAAAACACGUCGGAUUUUCCUUGGAUUUAAAUCCAAAAGUCUCGAAAAGUCAUUCAAAGAGUUCUCUGAAAGCACUCAAACAUAUGGUCCACGAGAGUCCAGAUAGUUAUGAGAUGGACGAGGAGGACAACAGCGACUGGUGGAGCCGAUACUUCGCCUCCGUUGAGCUCACCAUUCAAGACAACAUCGGAGACGUGACCGCAGUCUUAGAUGCCUUCGGGGACACCAAGAAGUCAAUGCAAAACAGUGCCCAUAAUUUCAGUAUUCAGUCGAAGCAAAGAAAAUCCUCAAACAAAUGUAUGUCUCCUAAGAAGGCCAGAGAGAAGGCAGACAAAGCAACGGUUGCCACCAAACAAACAUCCAAUUUGAUCCAAAUAUAUCCAAAUGAGUUAGAAUUGUGUCCACAAUUUGAUGGCUUCACAGAAUAUCUGCAAUCGUUUGAGUUAUUUAGAGGCAAACGAUAUGGCAAUGAUAGUGACGACCUUUCUAGGCUUUGUGGUAUAUUUAAAGGUUCACUUAAGCUAUAUCGCCACCCAUUUUCCAACUCGAUAUUUGAAUCCCGUUUCACACCCAGCAAUGAGCCAAUUAAUGUGUUGGUUCGUAUUUAUGUGGUCAAAGGAUCAGAUUUACAUCCAGCAGAUCUCAAUGGCAAAGCAGAUCCUUAUGUUGUCAUUAACUUGGGUUCAAAACGGGUCAGCGAUAAAGAUAACUACAUUUCUAAGCAAUUGAAUCCAAUAUUUGGAAAAUGCUUUGAAUUUGACGCCACUUUCCCUCAGGACUCGAUGUGUACGAUACAGAUAUAUGAUUGGGAUCUGUUUGGUACGGAUGAUCUGAUCGGGGAAACCAAAUUAGACUUAGAGAACCGCUUCUACUCUAAACAUAGGGCCACAUGUGGUCUCUCCAAAGUCUAUGAAACAUAUGGUCCAAACCAAUGGAGGGAUUCGCUAAAACCUUCACAAAUACUGCAGAAACUCUGCAGAGACCACAAACUGACGGGUCCUGUGAUUUCCCCACAGAAGGUGAGGGUUGGCUUAACAACAUUCAGAUUUGGAGACACCAGCAAUGAUGUGAUGACACAACUGCCCCUAAUGUCUGAAGAGGACAUGGCUUUGGUGGUACUUCACAACUGGAAGCAUAUUACCGGAGAGUUAGUCCCUGAACACAUUGAAACCCGCAGUCUAUACCAUCCCGACAAACCGGGUUUAGAUCAGGGAAAGAUUGAGAUGUGGGUCGACAUGUUUGCGAAGGACGGACCCGCACCUCCUCCUGCUAUCGACAUAUCUCCCCGCAAACCAAAGAGUUAUGAAUUGCGAGUAAUUAUAUGGAACACAGAAGACGUGCUCUUAGAGGACGACGCCUUCUUCACCGGCGAAAAGAUGUCUGACAUUUAUGUGAAGGGAUGGCUUACAGGACCUGAAGAUGUCCAGUGCACUGAUAUCCACUACCGGUCCCUCACCGGCGAAGGAAAUUUCAACUGGCGUUUUGUCUUUCCGUUUGAAUAUUUACCGGCAGAGGACAAGAUCGUCACAUCCAGGAAGGAGUCCAUGUUUUCGUGGGACGAGACGGAAUGCAAGAUCCCGGCGCGACUAUUCCUGCAGGUGUGGGACGCCGACCACUUCUCUGCCGAUGACUUUCUCGGGGCCAUCACUCUGGACUUGAACCGAUUUCCGAGAGGUGCGAAGACCGCCAAACUUUGCUCAUUAGAUAUGUUGAGGAACGACAGGUCCACACCUACUGUCUCACUGUUCAAACAGAAACGCAUCAAAGGCUGGUGGCCUUUCUACGGCAAUAAGGAUAAGGAUGACCCAGAACAUCUCGAAUUAACCGGCAAAGUGGAGGCAGAAUUGCAGCUCUUGACACGAGAGGAGGCUGAACGCAGUCCCGUCGGGUUUGGCAGAGGAGAGCCCGACCCUCUCGACCGGCCUAAUCGUCCCGACUCCUCAUUCCUAUGGGUUCUCAACCCAUUGAAAUCCAUUCGUUAUAUCGUUUGGCAUAACUAUAAAUGGCUUAUAAUCAAAGGCUUAUGCUUUGUGUUACUUGUAUUACUUUUGGCGCUAUUUGUCUAUUCAAUACCCGGGUAUACCGUCAAGAAAAUGAUUGGUGCUUAACAUA